CUAACGAGAAAAACCGGUACUUUGGGGCUUGCGGGUUUACGUAUAAGAUUUUUAAGUUUAGGGGUCCAGCCAGUCCACAAAUUAAAAACUUGCAACAAACCACCACUUCAAACCUCCAAUUCCAUAUCGGCCCUUUCAAUAACGGCACCAUAACCCAAUAACCCAACCAUGCUUCGCUGGUACCAACGAAAGCUCGCCUCGCGGCCGUUAUUGACGCAGAGCGUCACUACCGCUGUGCUAUUCGCCGUCGGCGAUAUCACAGCGCAGCAGGCCGUCGAGAAGAAGGGUCUUGAGAAGCACGAGCUUGCUCGAACUGGUCGCAUGUUCCUCUACGGUGGCGCCAUCUUCGGCCCCGCAGCCACGACCUGGUACGGGAUCCUGCAGCGCUCGAUCCAGCUGCGCAACAAGAAGGCCGAGAUGGUCGCGCGCGUAGCCGCCGACCAGCUGAUAUUCGCGCCGACCUUCAUCGGGAUAUUCCUGUCGAGCAUGGCGGUCAUGGAGGGCGGGUCCCCUAAGGAGAAGCUGGCCAAGAGCUACGCGCCUGCGCUCCAGACAAACUACCUCAUCUGGCCGUUCGUCCAGAUGGCUAACUUCACCUUCGUGCCCCUCGAGCACCGCGUCCUCGUCGUCAAUCUCGUCAGCAUCGGCUGGAACUGCUACCUUAGCAUGAUCAACAGCCAGAAAUGAGCGAGCUUGCGACCGGUUCGUUGGCUUUCCUUUGGCUCGGGGGGGAGCUUUGAACUUGGGAUUGUUGGCGGUAACGAGGGACGUAAUGGUAGGAGUGCCGUAGGACUAUGUAGCUUUGGAGCCGAGGGCUUGUGAUGUCUCUUGGGAUUUAAAAGGGACCGGGGAAACUACGGUGAUAGACUGGGCGUUUGUGGUCGGGCAUUCGUACUGCCGGUCUAUAUUAUAGUCUCCUGCAUGUUGUUGUCGUUGGUAGACUUCUUUUUCAAGCAUUGGAUCUACGGCAUAGCUAUAGCAUAGAAUGGUGUUGGCCUAGAGCAGGGGUUUGUUCCUAUCCGGCAACUUUUACGUGGAACCGGUUUCUGUUCUGAUUGGAGGACAAUACUUGAAGAAAAUUGGAAUUGAAAGAUAUAAUA